CAACAAUUGCAUCUUACAUUAACAGAUUCUCAUCAUGAUCCUAUAGUGUUCACUCGUUCCUUGCUUGCCUUCGGUUUCAUAGAGAAAGAGAGGGGGAGAGUUUAUAAUAGAUUAUUAUUAAUAUUUUCUUCACAGUAGCAUUUCACUACUUUGAGAGAGAUUAAAAAGAUAAAAUGGCGGUUUCAAUAGUCGUCUUGCGUACGGUCUUUGGCAUUCUAGGGAAUAUCAUCUCCUUUCUCGUCUGUCUUGCCCCAAUACCGACGUUCAUUCGUAUUUACAAGAGAAAAUCAUCUGAAGGAUAUCAGUCUAUCCCAUACGUGAUAGCGCUCUUCAGUGCGAUGCUAUGGAUAUACUACGCAAUGAUCAAGACGAAUGUAGUGAUUAUGAUCACUAUCAACGCCGUUUCCCUGGUCAUACAAAUCUUCUACAUCUCCUUCUACCUAUUCUACGCGCCUAAGAAGGAGAAGACUCUAACGGUGAAAUUCGUCUUAUUUGUGGAUGUUUUUGCGUUCGGCUUUAUUUUCUUCCUUACAUACUUUCUGCUUCAUGGACAAAAACGUGUUCAAAUACUUGGAUACAUUUGUAUGGUCUUCUCUCUAUGUGUUUUUGUCGCACCCCUUGGCAUCAUUAGGAAAGUGAUUAAAACGAGAAGUGCAGAGUUCAUGCCGUUUGGUCUCUCCUUCUUCCUCACCUUAUCGGCUGUCAUGUGGUUCUUUUACGGUCUUCUCCUUAAAGACAUGAAUAUAGCGCUUCCAAAUGUUUUGGGUUUCAUCUUUGGAGUGCUUCAAAUGAUACUUUACAUGAUAUACAAGAAACCUGGGACAAAGGUUUUGGAACCACCAGUGAUUAACCUCCAGGAAAUAUCUGACCACGUUGUCGAUGUCGUGAGGCUUAGUUCGAUGGUUUGUUCCUCACAGAUGAGAACUUUGGUGCCACAGGACAGUGCGGACAUGGAAGACACCAUAACCAUUGAUGAGAAGAUCAAAGGAGACAUUGAGAAAAUGAAGGAGAGCAAAGAAAUGCUUCUUAUAUCCAAGAAUUAAUAAGCUCUUAACUAUCAAGUGUGGAGUUGUGUGUUUUAGUUGCUUGUCUGCUAAGUUAAUGUUUAAUCUGCAUGUGUGGGCCUCUCUCUCUCAUCUUGAAUGUAAAAUAAGUUUCUAUUAAAUUAAAUAAAUGAAUAUGUCUUGUGUA